GCUGUCUCUUUCCUCUCCCCUCACGUCUUUUUUCCUGGCUGAGGCCGCCGUUCACAGACUGACAAGAAUCAAGAUUGUGGCGUGCAGUAGACCCAAAGUGAAGCAACAUGGACUGGCUGUGACAAUACGCCUUGUGGGCAGGCAGCUAGGAUGACUUCGUGCAGAGCUGGCUUCCACAGGGAUCAACUGAAACUCUACUUACCUUCUCAGCACGUCAAACGGGCUUCUGGAAUGCCUCUAAAGCCAUAUCACAAGCUACAGAAAAAAGAAGGCACUGUUCUCGACCUACGGUCAAAUAAAGGCAUGCAUCUAAACAACCAAAGCUCAGCUAAGGAAGAACAGUGUAAUGGCGCAACCAAGAAAUGUUUACCCUCUAGUGAUAAUCAACCCCGCAAACCGCUGGGAACAAUAUCUCAGAACACCAUGUGCAAUAACGCAGCAAUGAGCGCGUCGAAUGGCUUUGAAGCACGUUCAAAGAAAGUUCCAAAUGCAACCAUUCACCAAGAUGAUGAUGACGACGAAGGGUGCCAUUCGGACAGCUGUACACUUAUUAAGCCUGGGAAUACCAAGGAAAAGAUCGCCUUCUUUGCAUUGCAUCACUACAGGAGCAACUCAAUGAAGAUCAAAAGCACUGGGGAUGGGAGCGGAAGAGCUGCUAAACGGCGAAAGAAAUCUGUGGACUUAAAACGUUUAAAGAACCAUCCGGAGAAGGUGCACGAGGUGCAAAAAAUGUGCCUCUUUUCCGAAUCUUUCUCGAGUGGAGUUGAAAACUGCUCUAUUAAUUAUGUCACUGAUAAUGAUGGAAUUCUUCCCACUCGCCCUCUUUCUGUGAUCGAGAUGGUAGCUUUUCUCGAGGAUAGGGCGAGCGCGUUACUCUCAGACUGUGCAAAGCCUUUCAGCAACUCUCCUCCUUCAAAGUGUGUUGGACCUUCAAAAUGUGGCCACCCAAGUGUUUCCUUGAUGGCACUUGAAGCCAGUGAAGCCCCUUCUGAUAAAGAACAAUCUGAGAACUCAGAACAGGAAUCUGUGUGUGUCUUGGAAAUGGUUGCUAAACUGGAAUCCGAAUGCUUAAGGCGCCAGAAUGAGCGCGAGUCAGGAGGACUUUCAAGAAGCAACAGCUUAAGGAGGCACGUCGGACGAAUGUUGCUUGCCAGUGGCUUGCAACAAGAUGCCAACCAUCCAACCAAGCCUUCCACUGAUCUUGACCGUGAUAAAGAACUGGCUGCUUCUGCCAUGGAGAACAACAUUCUGCAAAAUAAGGAAGACCUUCGCUCUGUGAAAUCAUGGGAAACCCAUCCUACAACUAAACACCAAGAUCUGGAGUCUAGGCCGCCUGUAGAAGAUUGUUUUGUGGCCAGUGUAGGCUUGGAGCUGGUCAAGGAGACUUAUCUAAAAUUGGGAUGUAAGGGUGAUAUUGCAGUAACUGUGGAUCCUUGUAAAUUUUCCAUUUCAGUCUGUAUAAAAGCUGUUGAAUGUGUCCCCGAUUCGUUUGAGAGUCCGACUUUAGAUGACCGAGCAGCUGAUAAAGUGGAGACCUCUCCUGACUCCGCCUCUGUUAAGGCUGCCAGUGUAUUAAUGACCACAUCGUCACGACAUGAAGUAGGACACGCGGAGGACAAAGCUUUAACCGGAGACACUCCUCCAGGAAAAAUCUUUUUUCAGAACGAUCAAAAUUGUUCGAAACGUGCACUUGGACAGUUCAGCCCCGAUGUAAAGAUUGGGGCUGAGAACCUGGAGACAAAGACAUUUGACAAUACUCUGUGUUUGCAGAAUAGCUCGAUGAUUGCACAAUAUUCACUCUCUAUAUCUUCACUUGGAAAUGUAACUCAGGUACUCGAUUCCUGCUCCAUUAAGAGGCAGGCGUCUCAUGAUUUCCUGGAGACCAGGUUCAAAAUUCAGCAACUCUUGGAGCCCCAGCAGUACAUGGCAUUUCUGCCCCACCACAUCCUAGUGAAGAUCUUUCGUUAUCUUCCCACCCGAACCUUGGCAGCCCUAAAAUGUACCUUUUGCUACUUUAAAUUCAUCAUCGAACAUUACGACAUUCGGCCGUGCGACUCGCUGUGGGUGCGGGACCCUCGCUAUAAAGACGACCCUUGCAAACAGUGUAAGAAAAAGUACGCCAAAGGCGACGUCUCUCUCUGCCUUUGGCACCCCAAACCUUACUGCCAAGCCUUGCCAUACGGCCCCGGUUUUUGGAUGUGCUGCCACAUGUCUCAAAAAGAUAGUCGGGGCUGUAAGGUGGGGCUUCACGACAAUCGUUGGGUGCCUGCUUUCCACAGCCUUAAUCGAACAGUCUGCAAGAAGUCCGAGUCUGAAUUGGAGGAGGAUUAAAAUGGUAUCGGUCUUGUCGAGGAGGACCUUCGUACCCUGUGCUGUUUACAUUGUACAUAUUCAUGGGGAUAUGAAACCGCACAUACUUUGACACAAGAGCCUUUACUUUUUUUUUUUUUUUUAUUUCUUCAACUGGAUAGUUAGCCCUUUUAUGUAAAUAACUAAUGGGUGUACAUAAAAAGAUCUAUUGCUAACUGACGCAACUUAGUCUUUACAAUGCAGUCCUGGAAGUUUUGUGGCUACAGGUGGGUGUGUUUGCGUGAGUGUGUGUGUAUUUGGGGUAUUUCCCCCCCCAUUUAAGUGUCUUGUUAAGUCUGUAUAUCCUGUGUGUGUGGGUUUUUUUCCGUGUUUGUUUUUUUCCAAGAAAAUAUACAGGGCUUGAAGCAUUAAAAGCGUUUAUUAUAUGGUUUAACUGGACGGCAGCAUAAUCCGAUCGGCACAAGUGUCUGGAAUACUGUGACAAGUGAAUAUAUGAGGUGAUCUAUUGUAUAGUGGCUGACUGUGCAAGGAGGAAAAUUGUCUUUACUUCAAUAAAAAUUGUGCAUCCUGAAUCUCACUGAUUGGUAUGGAUUUGACAUUUUUGUCAAUUGUGUGUUCAAAUUCUUUUUUUUUUUUUAUUCAUUUGCUUUGCACUUUUAUUUUUGUACCAAACACAAAUCAUUGUAUUGUAGGAGUGUGCAGGUUUAAUUUCCUGCUCUGGAAUGUAUUCAGUAAUAUAGAUGUACACUUUAUGAAAAACAUUAAAGCCAUUUUA